GUUGUUUUGACUUAUUUACAUAACCUUAUAAUAUAUAGAUUUAUGUUUUUCUGAAUCUAUUGUUGGCUAGAUGAACUAAAUAUUUAAUAAAAAUGAAGGCAUUAAUUCAAAGAGUUAUGAACGCUAACGUCACUGUUAAUAGCGAACCUAUCAGCAGUAUUGGACAAGGACUAUGUGUCCUUAUAGGAAUUUGUAAUGGUGACACUGUGAAGGAUAUGGAAUACAUUGUAAGAAAAAUCUUAAGCAUAAAGAUUUUUGAUGAUGAAUCAAAUAAAAGAUGGAAGAAAAAUGUUGUAGAAAAACAAUUUGAAGUGCUGUGUGUCAGUCAGUUUACCUUAUACAAUACUUGGAAGGGAACAAAACCUGAUUUCCACCAUGCGAUGCCUGGAGAAAAGUCUAAGGAAUUCUACAUGAAGUUCUUGGAAAUGUUGAGGGACCAGUAUCAGCCAGAAAAAAUCAAAGAUGGAGAAUUCGGCGCCUACAUGCAAGUGUCCAUACAAAACGACGGGCCGGUGACCUUUACAAUAGAAUCUCCUUCAAAAGAGCAAGAUAAAACGUCCAAAGGAGAUGAAAAGGAAACUUAGUUAUAACUUAUUG